UCGGGCCAAGAGACUGUAGCGUGUGCAGAACUUCUUCUGUUCGGGCGAAACCCGAAAAGCCCUUCAAAGUUUUGCCGCCAAAGCCGAAGCCGAACUCUUCAUCUUCUUUUUGAUUUCUGAGUUCUCCAAGGGUUUAAGCAGAGCCUCAUUGUAGUGGCAAUGGCCUCAAACAUUCCUCUCCAUAUCAUCGAUGACGACGGCGACGGCGACGGCCAAGACGAGUUUGAUUGGGAAGCAGCGGUUAGAGAAAUUGACAAGGCAUGUGAAACCAGAAAUUCUUCUUCUUCUUCUUCCCAUUUUGCUGCUCAUCCUCCUUUACCCCAUAUUUCUAAGAAAAACUCUUCAAGGCAAUCCACGCUCGACAGAUUUAUUGGGAAGCUGGGACCCCGGCCUCCUGAUAAUCAUCGGACGGUUGAUGUUGAGGCUGAGGCUGAGGCUGAGGAGGUGUCAUUCGUUCAGAUUGAUGCUGAGGCAGCUAAAACUUGGAUCUACCCAGUUAAUGUCCCUCUUCGUGACUAUCAAUUUGCCAUAACCAAGACAGCACUAUUUUCAAAUACGUUGGUGGCAUUGCCAACAGGCCUUGGAAAAACACUUAUUGCGGCAGUUAUAAUUUAUAACUAUUUCAGAUGGUUUCCUGAAGGGAAGAUAGUCUUUGCUGCUCCUUCUCGACCACUUGUCAUGCAGCAAAUAGAGGCAUGCCAUAAUAUUGUUGGAAUUCCACAAGAAUGGACAAUUGAUAUGACAGGUCAGAUAUGUCCAUCAAAAAGAGCGAACUUUUGGAAGACUAAAAGAGUUUUCUUUGUUACCCCACAAGUUUUGGAGAAAGACAUUCAAUCUGGCACAUGUUUGUCAAAGUACCUUGUGUGUUUGGUGAUUGAUGAGGCUCAUCGAGCAAUGGGAAAUUAUUCCUAUUGUGUGGCAGUUCGCGAGUUAAUGUCAAUGCCAGUGCAGCUGAGAAUAUUAGCUUUGACUGCAACACCAGGAUCGAAGCAGCCUGCUAUCCAGCAAAUAAUUGACAACUUAUAUAUAUCAACCCUUGAGUAUCGCAAUGAACAUGACCAUGAUGUUAGUCCAUAUAUUCACAAUAGAAAGAUAGAAUUGAUUGAGGUUCCACUGGGGCAAGAUGCUUCUGAUGUGAAUAAUAAAUUGUUAGAAAUAAUUCGUCCUUAUGUGGCCAAGCUUCAUGCAAAUGGACUUAUUCAGAACAGGGACUAUCAGACUUUAAGCCCGGUCGAUUUACUUAGUUCAAGGGAUAAAUUUCGUCAAGCUCCUCCCCUAGAUCUUCCACACGUUAAGCAUGGAGAAGUUGAAGCAUAUUUUGCAGUUCUUAUUACACUUUACCACAUUAGGAAGCUACUUUCAAGCCAUGGAAUAAGACCAGCAUAUGAGAUGCUGGAGGAAAAGUUGCGACAAGGGCCCUUUUCAAGACUGAUGAGUAAAAAUGAAGAUCUAAUGAAUGCAAAGCUUUUAAUGCAACGGAGUUUGUCUCAUGGUGCACCAAGUCCAAAAUUGUCGAAACUGUUAGAAGUAUUGAUUAACCAUUUCCAAACAAGGGAUCCACAAAACUCCAGGGUGAUUAUCUUCUCAAAUUUUAGAGGAAGUGUUAGGGACAUAAUGAAUGCAUUAGAAAGUAUUCGAGAUUUAGUCAAAGCAACUGAAUUUAUUGGUCAAAGCUCAGGGAAAGCAUUGAAAGGCCAGUCUCAAAAAGUUCAACAGGCAGUUCUGGAGAAAUUUCGAGCUGGUGGCUACAAUGUUAUUGUUGCCACAUCAAUUGGAGAAGAAGGCCUGGAUAUCAUGGAAGUCGAUCUUGUAAUAUGUUUUGAUGCAAAUGUUUCACCUUUGAGGAUGAUACAACGGAUGGGGAGAACUGGAAGGAAGCAUGAUGGACGAGUUGUAGUUCUAGCUUGUCAAGGGUCAGAGUUGAAGGGUUACAUGCGAAAGCAAGCCAGCAGCCGGUCUAUAAAUAAGCAUAUGCGAAAUGGUGGAAUGAAUAGCUUCAGUUUCCAUUCCAGUCCGAGGAUGAUUCCUCACAUUUUCAAACCAGAAGUCCAAUUUGUAGAGCUCUCAAUUGAACAAUUUGUUCCUCGUGGAAAGAAAUUGAAAGAUGAUCAUGUUAUGGAGACACCUCCUUUUAGAGAAAAACUAACUCUUGCAGAGACUGAUUUAAUUGCCAAGUAUUUCCAUCCUACCAGUGAGAGCACUUGGAGACCUUCUCUUAUUGCCUUCCCUAGCGUCCAAGCAUUUCCCUCCAAAGUAUGUAAAGUAAUGCAUUCUUGUAGAACAGAGAUGCUGAUCGAUUCCAUGCAACAUUUGCAUGGCUUAACCUUUCCAGGAGGCAAUGGGAAUUUCUUUGUUGAGGAUGAAGUCUCUUCAGCUGAUCACUCUGUAGCUGGCAUUGUUGAACAACAUGACAGUCCUACCAAAGAUUUUCCAGCUUUGGAUAAUUCUCAAGCUGCCAAUUCUCAGUUAGGACUAACGAAUUCUGCAGAAUCACCUUUGAGGACUUCAAGAAUGAAGGAGAAGCAUGGUAGAGAUUCUGGAUGCGGAAGUCCCCAAGCACAUUCCUUCGUAUUUGAUUCUGAUUUUGUAUCUGUUGAUGCUUGUGGAAAGGUCCUAAUUUUGUCUGUUCCUUCGCUUUAUUGGGAAGAUGUAAUGCAUUCUAAGCAUGCUAGUAAAAUUACAAAUGAGUUGCUAAAUUCUUUGAAGCAAGAGGCUAGGAGUGUGAAGACUUUAGAUGAAAUCAUGCAAACUGAAGCUGUUCAAAACAUUACUGUGUGUCAGAAAAAAAGUAUAGAACUUGAUACUUUAUCUACACCUAGAUUUUGUGAAACUGAUUUCGAGAAAGAGAGAAUGCUAAAUGAAGUCGAAAAGAUUCCUGAGACUCCAGAUGGCACUUGUGAAAUGGCUGAUGAAGCUAAUAUUGAUCUCAGAGAUACUGAACUUAGUCCCCGUCUAACUAAUUUGAUCAAAUCAGGAGUUGUUCCAGAGUCUCCUAUAGCUGAUAGUGAUUUUGCAGGGCUUUUAAAGCAGGAAAGAAGAAACGAGUCCUUUAUUCCAGACCAAGCAUCAUCUCCGAAGUUGUGCACUGAACUGAUUUUGAGAUCUUCAAGUCCAGUGGAAAGUGAUAGGGGCAAUCUGGAAAAUAGCUCCCAUGGAAGAAAAGUCUCAAUCAUGAAAGAUGAAAUGAUACCUAAGAUGAACCCUGUUUCUAGUACAAGAUGUAGCCCUAUUUCUCCACUUGUGGUGGAAGUGAAAAGUCCCUUGGCAAACCUUACAAACAGCUGUGGUAGUAAAAGUUGGCACUUAAGUUCUGGAGAAAAAGCAGAGACAGUUGAGCCAGUACAGGUGUUUAAAAGGUUGCGCAAAGUUGGGAAUUGUGGAAAGGAUAGGAGCUCAAAAAUCAUGAAGAAAAGUUCUCUUGUCUCUCUAGCAAACCGUGCCAAAUCAUUAUCUGGUGCCAAUCCUAUUCAAACAAAGUCUGGUAGAGGUAAAAAGAAGCCAGGGAAUGGUGUCAGAACGUUCAUUGAUGAGGAAGCUGAGGUGUCGACAGAAGCUGAAGUCUCUACUGAAGAAACUGAUGAUGAGAGUGAUUCAUAUGAUGAUAGUUUCAUCGAUGACAGGAUAAACCCUACGGCAGGCAGUACCCAGAUUGAAUCUGGUAGAGUUGAUAUGAUGGCAGUUUACAGGCGUUCUUUGCUAAGCCAAUCACCAAUGGUGGAGCAAAUGACUUGUUCUGCUUUCAGUCCUGACUGUGUAGCUUCCACAAGCAAAGAUCCCGGAAGUGGGUGUUCCUCAGACAAGACAUUGUAUUCUCUCCAGGUACCUCAGCCCGAGUCCAUAAAUCAGACUGCAGCAAAUAAUAUGGAAGAGAGGAUCUCCUCAGUAUCCAUGCCGCGCAGAUCUUAUGAUUCAGAAGUAGAAAAUCAGACUCUGCAAAGCAGAAAGCGAAAGUUGAGUUUCUUCCAGUUGGAGUCUAUUCCUGCAAUUAACUUGGAGCAAGAAUUCCAAUCUGAGGUUGGAGGCAAAGAGUUAAGUAAUGCUUCUCAGCUGCCUCAAGUGAACAAAGUCACUGGGAAUGAUAAUGACUUUGAUGAUUAUGAUGAUGAUGAUCAAUUUUAUGCAAGUCUAGAUCUUGAUGCCGUGGAGGCGCAAGCUACCAUGCUUCUCAAGAACAAGUCCGAACCAUCAAUGGAGAAGCAAGAGAUAAAUGCUCAACCAAACGUGCAGAAUGGUGGGCAUCAAGGUUCUCCAUCAUUUGAUCUAGGGAUAUGGUAAUUGAAGCAAAAUAUUUAACAAGUUAUUUUGAAUGAUAAUAUUAUAUUUUGGUUCAGGAAUAAUAUUGGAAGCUGGUGUGGAAUGUUUGUGCUAAGUGUAAACAAUGUAAUCUUUUGUAUUAUAGUUUGUACAGAGUUCUAUAUUUGUUCAA